CGCAAUGUAGCCUCAACCGCAAAUGCAAUUUAAAACUCUAGCAUGCUUAUGCAAUGGGAAUUGUGUAACAUAACAUUAACAUGUUUAGGAAAACGGCUAAUGAUUUCUAUUCAAACUUUUUCUCUUAUCCAAAGUUGUGUAAGAUAAGCGACAUAUCUUCAACAUGGUAAUAGACAAAUUCGAGAUAGAAGGUGAAUGCCAGAUAUUCCACAUGAUGCACCUGGCACCAAAGCCAAGAGCCUCUUGUCUGUUCUCUUUCUUUUUCUUCUCUCCAUCCAUCUAAGUACAAUUUCGGUCAAAAGGGGUCAAAGCCAAUCAUUUCAAAUUCUCAUACACUCAUUGCUUUGCGUGGAUCGAAAGUCUUGGGUCUUGUGUCGCAUAUUCUAAAGCUUAUUGUGCUUGUUCUGUCCCUGCAAAAAGCAUUUGGUUUUGCCUUAACUACUUGUUCAAACAGACUCAAAAUCCAAGACACUUCACUCACUUUAAUGUUUCUUGAUUCCAACUUUAGUUGAGCCUGUCUUUGUUUUAACAUAUAAAUAACCCUUCAUGCCUCUUCUGUCUCAUUGGAUUAACCCUCAUUUCAAUUGUUAUUGAAUCAUUCUGUCCCACUUUGUCAUUCACUACUGCCCUGUUGUCCCUCCACGAAUCAUUGCUCUGUUGCAUCAUCUACUAACAGCAGUUUUCAAUUUCAUGGAGACAGUUGAGCUAAAAGUGGAGAUGGUGUGUAUACAUGAGAAAAGACUAAGGAAAUGCCUCUCAAAAUUGAAAGGGAUAGAGAAGGUGGAAGUGGAUACUAACUGCCAGAAGGUAGUGGUCACUGGAUAUGCAAACAAGAACAAGAUCCUUAAAGCAGUUAGGAGAGGGGGUCUCAAGGCUGAUUUCUGGUCUGCUCAGAAUGAGUUGCUUAAUGCUUAUGUCAGUGCCAAAUAUGCCAGCUUCAGAUUCAACCCCUUCAGCUUCUUCUAGAUUUUCUCAUCCCCAAAACCACCAUAUUUAAUAGAUUCUUUUUAUUUUUGGCUUACUCUAAGUUUUUAUGUAUAUGUUUGGAUACCAGUUGAUUGCAAUAUGGACGGACAUUCAUCUCUAUUUAUAAGAAGAGAUUUUUUACUUUUUUUUAUCUCGAAGUAAGUGCUAACGUCUGUUUGCACAUGUGCGUUUUCAGUUGUACCAACAGGUAUAGACAUAUAUAUUUUCUUCCUUGUGUGGGAUUACAGAUACCUACACAAUGUUCAAUGAUGAUAUUUCAGAGUGUAAUAGAGACAUAUCAAAGCUAAAUUUUGAGAACUCAAUGUCUUUCUACAAAAUUCAAACUCAUACUUUCUUUGUCUGCAUGGAACUGCAGCCAAUUAAUUCUAGAAGAAGUGCAAAUUGAAUUUCAAGAAGCUAUUGAAAUCCCAGUUCAAAUCAGAUUAUUCCUAGUUCUUACUUCUUACUUAC